CAGGGCCGGCAGGUUUGCAGCGGGGUUUCGGCUCAGGUUCCGCCCCGUCGCGAUGUCGAGGCCUCCGGGGCUGAGAUCUUCCGUCUCCAGAUCGGAGCGGUAUUUUCGGUGACGGGGUUGUGCACAAGCAACGUGAAUGUGUGCCGAAGAGGAGGAUAUCGCGAAAUUACUCCUCGAAUGUGCAGGGUAAUUUAAGAAUAGGGAAGGCUCAGAAAUGUUGGGAGAAGGGGCUUCAACCGAACAUGAGAGAGGUCAAUGGUGCGCAAGACCUCGUGGAGUGUCUGUCGAGCGCCGGAGAUAAGCUGGUGGUUGUGGACUUCUCCCCGGGGUGCGGCGGAUGCAGGGCCCUGCAUCCGAAGAUAUGCCAAUUGGUGGAGACGAACCCGGACGUGCAGUUCCUUCAGGUGAACUAUGAGGAGCACAAGUCCAUGUGCUAUAGCCUCAACGUUCAUGUUCUCCCGUUUUUCCGAUUAUAUAGAGGCGCUCAUGGCCGGCUCUGCAGUUUCAGCUGCACUAAUGCCACGAUAAAGAAAUUCAAAGAUGCAUUGGCCAAGCACACCCCAGACCGUUGUAGCCUCGGCCCAACAAAAGGUCUGGAAGAGAAAGAGCUCCUGGCGCUCGCAGCCAACAAAGAUUUGUCUUUCAACUACACGCCAAAGCCAGUUCCCGCCAUGGAGCAGGAGGAAGCAGUGGCCGAACCUGUGGUGUCUCCCGGCCAUCCGGACCUUCCUCUCCCCGUUUCACUUCCCCUUCCCUCAUCAACCUCUUCGGACCAAAAACCUUUGGUUAAUACAGCAAGAUGAGGUUGUCAACUAUAGUAUUUGGCCUACAUCUCUCUUCUUCUUGUACAGGCAUUUUCUGUUUUUCUUUUUUUCUGGGCUUGUUUCCCUCUUUACGGUGCUUACGAAACAAGAAAGUGGUAAAGA